AGCCCAGAAACUGACCUGACCCGUCCGCACCCUCUUCCGAACUAGUUCCGCCUCCAUUUUUUUCUCCUGCGAUCCUCCUCGCACACCCGUUCAAAGGUCACCAGAUUCGUUCUCGUCCCCCCAACUUUUGCAGGAUCUCCCCCUCGCUGCCUCCGUCCGCGCCGAGCACCGCGUCGAUCCAGAUCCAGAGACAAUGACGGCUGGAUACAUUGUUGGCUCGCUGGUUGGGUCCUUCGCCAUUGCAUACCUGUGUGACACAUUUGUUUCCGACAAGAAGGCAUUUGGUGGUAGCAUUCCCAAGACUGUUUCUGACAAGGAGUGGUUGAAAGCCACAGAUGCCAAGUUCCAGGCCUGGCCUCGCACCGCUGGACCACCGGUCAUCAUGAACCCCAUCAGCCGCCAGAACUUCAUUGUCAAGUCCACUGAAUAGGCUAGAGAAGCUGGCCCAGUGUCUUGUUUGCACCAUGAAACCAAGUCUUAAAUUAAUAAGAUGAACUAAGGUCAUGAUAAUUGAUGUUUUUUGCUUUAUCUGGGAGCAAACAUUGAGGCUUUCAGCUUACUUGUCUUCUGAUGGAUUCUCUUCCUUGGUGAAUUCCACCAGGCAGUAAAGAACCACAUUGUUUUCUUAUUACCAUUCAGCGUUCCUUUGAUAUACAGCAUUCUUGCAUUCUAAUAAAUUUUUGUCGUUGAUCUUC